AUGGCGACGAAGAAGAUCAGGAAGAAGCCGUGCUACGAGCUGAUGAACUGGUUCUCGCUGGCCCAGAUAGUCGAGAUGAUCGAGGCCGAGAAGAGGCGCAAGCAAAGGCUCGAGUGGUACCUUCAGGAGGUGAUGCUCGAGAAGGAGACUCUGGUGAACGAACCGGCCAUGCUGCCCUGGCACUCGCGCUGUUUGAUACUUCCCUCCGAGCUAUCGCCCGUAACGGUAACCUCCUUGCUCAAGGCACCUACGUCACUUACCACCGCCGGCGACUGGCGACACGGCUCGUCAGAAGAGGAGCAGCUCAACUUCAACAACAGCGGCGACGACCUGGAUCAGGCCACUCAGCUGGCGAGAGAACAGUGGGACCCGUCUGAGCUCUGGUGGCAAGACGCCUUCCCCGACCCCCUUGCCAACCCAACUGUCACUUAUGGAUGUCCCUUCUGA